AUGUCAAGACCCAUCUCAUUGAGAGGCUCCACGAAGACCAUUACUGAAUUUUUUGAGUAUAGCAUCAAUUCUAUCCUAUACCAGCGAGGUGUGUAUCCCCAAGACGACUUCACAACUGCCAAGAAGUAUGGUUUAACGCUGCUCAAGACUACCGAUGAUGAAUUGAAGGCAUAUAUUCGUGUGGUUCUACUCCAGGUGCAUAAGUGGCUAAUAGGCAGAAAAUGCAACAAGCUGGUCUUAUGCGUUGUGGACAAAGAUGAAGGUGAAGUCGUUGAGCGAUGGGCCUUUGACAUUCACCACGUUGGUAAGGAUGAAGAUGCUGAGGACAGUAGGAUUGGUGAGCAAGUAGACCCUGAUCAGACACAGAAUCAAAUAAGAGCACUUAUAAGACAAAUAACAGCCAGUGUCACUUUCCUUCCAGAACUGGCGAAUGAAGGCAACUACACUUUCAAUGUGUUGGCUUACACGGAUGCCAAUGCCAAGGUACCUCUUGAGUGGAGUGACUCAGACAGUAAGACCAUUAGUAAUGGUGAAACCGUACAAUUCAAGAGUUUCCGCACCGAUGAUCAUAGGGUUUCAGCCCAAGUUAGCUACAAACAUUAG